AUGGAAUUCCUGGACACCCAGAGAAGAAUCAAACUCAUUUGGCUGCAUGGCACUGCUGGUGUCGGAAAGUCUGCUGUUGCGUUCACAGUGGCUGAGAGGAUGAGAGGUCUAAAAGUGAUAGAAGAGACGAAUGUCGAAAAGUGGCUAGCGGGGAUGUUCUUUUUCUCGCGCAAGCACACCAAAUGGUGCACAGCUAGAUAUUUCUUUGCGACACUUGUCUACCAGCUUGCUACCAAUUUCCCCAGCAUCCGGAAGGAUAUGUCCACCUUUGUCAUUUGUUAUGAUGCACUUGAUGAAUGCCCAUCCGAACCAGAGCUCACCGAUCUCAUCUUUUCCCUUGCACAGGCUCUUUGCAACGGAAAGUGUGCCGUCGCGUUCACCGUAGCCGAGAGGAUGAAAGGUCUAAAAGUGACAGAGGAGACGAAUGUCAAAAAUGCGGCUAGCGGGAGCAUUCUUUUUCUUCUUGCCACCAAUUUUCCAAGCAUCCGGCAGGAUGUGAACAGAGCGAUCCGCAACAAUCAUGCUCUACUAGACCCAGACACGCCUCUCUGUAACCAGAUGGAGGGUCCCUUCUCCAACCCCUCCAGAAACUUUGACUCAGAUUGCGCGGGUGUCAGCCUCUGA